GAAAAUAAUUCUUGCAAUCUACACUCACGAUGCGUGAUUCAAUAUUUUCAUGUGUUGUAGAGAGAAGCAUUCAUUAUUUUCUUGUGUUUCUUUCCCGCUCUGAGAAAGAAACAGAGGUUCUCUUAUGGCUUCGAUUUCAGCACUAGUAUAUUUUUUAUGGAAAUAACUAGCUCAUAUUUACACUGAAGUUAUUUGAAUGGCUCAGCUCAUCUUCUCGGCUUCAGCGUCCUGUAUUUAUAAUACUGUAACGGCCCUGCAACUUUUUCGCUUUUGGUUCGGAGAGAGGAAGAGCUGUCUCUGCUUCGAAUAAAGAAAGCAGGUUAGAGGGGAAGGUCAAGGACUCUGUGCAAGGAAGGGGAGGAGAUGAACACUAGAAUGCGGACGGCAGUGCAGGCCAUGAAAGCUUGCCCGAAGCUCGACAAAGUAAACUUCUUUGAGAUGGAGAAGGAGAAAACGAAUGAGGUGGCUGAGGAAAUCAAAUUAAAAGAACCAGGAAAAUGCCUGUCGAGGAGAGAGAGAAAGAUUGCUUUGCAACAAGAUGUUGAUAAGCUGACAAAAAAACUCAGGCGUGAAGAGAAUGUUCACAGAGCAUUAAAGAGAGCUUUUACCAGACCCUUAGGUGCUCUCCCACGCCUCCCUCCCUAUCUCCCUUCAUAUACACUCGAGCUUCUUGCUGAAGUAGCUGUGUUGGAGGAGGAGGUGAUUCGGCUUGAAGAAAAGGUGGUAACUUUUCGACAAGAUCUCUACCAAGAAGCCAUUUUUAUCUCUACUUCCAAAAACAAGAAGGAAACUGGAUCGGAUUCAUUCUAUGAUCAAUCAGAACAACAGAAAGCUCAAUCUCGACUGAACGCUUCUGCGAUCAGCACCACAUCGCCGUCGCCAUCAAAGCGGCGAUCUUUGGACGGAAACCACCACCAUUUUCCUUCCAUCUAUGUUGUUAAAGAGAACCGGCUUCCAAAGAAGCACGACUCUUCCCUGUCUGAAGAACAUAGAGGAAAAGAGAACCAGCCAAAAAAUCAAGCAGCUGAUAAGGUAAGAAAAGUUCCCACCUUUCAGAAUCCCUCUGAUAAAAAGUCCUGUAAGGAACUCAGCGGACCAAACAAAUUAUCAGAGGAGAUCUUGAGAUGUCUCUUGAGUAUUUUCUCAAGGAUUAGCUUGGCGAAGAACGCAAUGGCGAUGGAGAGCGAGUUUUCUCCUUCUGUUUCAGCCUCUUCUGAAGGUUUAGGGAUUCAAGGAUCUCUAGAUCCUUAUAGUAUUUGUUCACAAUUUGGGAGAAGGGAUGUAGGCCCAUAUCAACACCUCCAUGAAUUAGAAGCAAGCUCGAUCGAUCCAAAUCUCAUCUCAAACUCAUUGUUUCUUACACAAAGAUUGAAAUUACUGUUGAAGAAGCUCUCAUCUGUGGAUGUUUCUGAGCUUACUCAUCAGCAGAAGCUUGCUUUCUGGAUCAAUAUAUACAAUUCAUGCAUCAUGAAUGCAUUUUUAGAGAAUGGUAUACCCACAACUCCACAGAUGGUUGUUGAGCAAAUGCUUAAGGCAAUGGUAAAUGUGGGGGGACACAUACUCAGUGCAAUGAACAUUGAACACUUCAUACUUAGAUUGCCUUAUUACUCAAAGCAUUACUCUUUGGAGAGACUAAGAAGUGAUGAGAAGACAAGAAGGGCAGUGUUCAGGUUAGAUUGGCCCGAGCCAUUGGUAACAUUUGCUCUUUCUUGCGGAAGUUGGUCGUCACCAACCGUGAGAGUGUACACCGCAAUGAAUGUACAACACGAGUUAGAAGAAGCAAAAAAGGAAUACCUACAAGCAGCAGUAGGGAUAUUGAAGCCAAACAGAUUGGCCAUACCCAAACUGCUGGAUUGGUAUCUGUUGGAUUUCGCUGAGGAUUUCGAGUCAUUAAUGGAUUGGAUCUGCUUCCAGCUUCCACCUGAACUCAGAACUGAAGCAUUCGAAUGCCUUCAGAUGAGCAGGUUUGUGAUUCCGCAUGCAAUACAGAUUCUUCCUUAUGAGUUCAGAUUCAGAUAUCUCUUUGUUCCUUAGAUUUUAACUCAUUUCUCAGUUUAAUAUAUAAGUCAAAAAUGGUUGUUGUUCAGUUCUGUACAAAUCUCUGAGACAUAAAUUGUUUGUGGGAAUCUAUAAAAUGACUUGUUUCUUUUUUUCAAAUAGUGUCAAGAUCAAUAUAGAAC